CAUAUUCAAGGCAGGCUUAUAAAGCCAAAGCAUACCUGCCUACCACACAACCAACAGGACUGGACUAUUUCUAAUUAGACACAACCUUCAUCAAUACCACAUCAUAGCCACAACUUGUACCGAACAUAAUUGGACUAAAACAAAUCGAUCACAAUGCCUCUCGUCGUACCAGGAGUUCAAACCUCGUCGGCCGAUAAGACCGAGGAGUUCACCAUGAAGCUUGCGGGCAAGAAAAUUGACGAAAUUGACAAGGACAAGGAUCUCCCCAAGGAACACCGCAUCAUUCGUCCCGGCCAAAUGGUCACCAAGGACUUCAACUCGGAGCGCCUCAACGUUCAUGUUGACGACAACGGUGUCAUCUCGCAUGUCGCACACGGUUGAACUUGGAUUUAGCAAGACUGAUGAGGAUGGUCGGAGGGGUCGAGGCGGGGUAGCAUAAGUUAAUGGAGGAGGUGUUAUCACUCAUCCUCGUCUAUACCGAUACCAUGUAAAUGCAGAAAUGGGAUUCUUGGCUCUACUGCAUUGCUAUGGACUCAUAAUAACCACUCA